UUGAGUCAAAAAGAAACUUUUUGUCUAUUAUUUGAAGAUAUUUUCUCUGCAGGAAUGGCGGACACUGGUGUGGAACUGGACAGACUUGUUGCUGCAGUGCCCCAGAAUCCAGAUGAGCAACAAAAAGAUGACAAAUUGGCACAAACGCUGCUGUUUGUCCUCCUGACUGUAGUGCUGUAUGGCAUUGCUGCACAGGCUUUUUUUAUUAACCUGCUUUACCACCGUGAAUUGGCUGUCUCAAGACUGAACAACAGAUCAGAACAAGAUGGUAGAAUCCGUGGUUUUGCACAUCUGACAGGCGGGUCGGUUCAAGAAAACGAGGUGAUGCUUUGGCAUAUAAAUAAUCUGACUGUUCUCAGCGGCAUGGCCUACAAAGAUGGUAGGCUUGAAGUUCAGGAGGAGGGAUUUUACUAUGUGUAUUCCAAGGUUUGCUUUAGUGACCAUGGGCUCUGGAACCAGUCACCUUAUUUUUUUCACCACUUUGUUAUGAAAUCUGCUCACCUACAUGGAAAUCAUUAUACCCUCAUGCAGUCACAGAAAGAGUUACGGGUGAACUCAAGCGACUUAAACAACAGCUUUCUGGGUGGACUUUUUCAUUUGCAUAAAGGUGACGGAAUUUUUGUGAGGAUAAGGACGAAUUUAAACAUUUUGCAAUAUGAUGUUUCUGAACAUUUCUUUGGUGCAUUCAUGAUGUAGCUUUACACAGCGUGAAAUAUCAGAACAUCACCUGGUCUUUACCAGGCUCUCACAUGAUUUAAGUCUAAGUAUAAAACAACAUGACAUAUUACACCCAAUGACUGUAGAAAACAAUCAUUGAUCUCACUGUUUUAUUAUGCAUUUUGCAAAAGUGUAAUCAAAAUGAUUCAGUGGUUUGCAGACCCACCUUCAACAAUAAUUAGUCAAUAAGUCACUACUGAGCCCAACAGAUAAAACAUUAGAAACUGGACUAAGAAAGCGCUAUCAGUGGGUUGUGGCUGUGAAAGCAUUGACAUGAUUGGCUGUCCUCAGGUCUUCAGGAAGGCUGUUCCACAGAUGUGCAGCAUAGUAACAGAAAGCUUUCGCACUGUGGGUUUUUUACAUCUGACUUUAGGGACAACUUCAAAAACCUAAAAACUAGAUAAAGAAUCUGUUCUGAGGCUGACAAUGGAGAUACUUAAAAGCUGGUGUUGUUCAUACUCUCUUCUGGCCUUGGUCACAACCUGUGUACCUAAGUUCUGGAGUGUAGUAGGGGGCUAGUUUGUUUUUAGGGAGACCAGAAAGUAGUGUCCCGAAUUCGAAAAUGUGGCACAAGACAAACCAAUAGAGGCCCAGUAGAGUGAAAUCAGAUAGAGAGUUUAUUAAAAACACACGCGUGGGAAGAAGCACACAGCAUCACAUCAGCAGACUUCUUCUCCCAAAAAUACACAGAGAGUUGCUUUUAUAACGUCAGGGUUAAACGCCCCUUCUCGCGUUCUAAGAACAUAAUUUGUAUUUUAAGAACAUCAUUUGCAUCUUGUACAGACAAUGAGCAAUUUUCAGAGCUAAAGGCAGACACAGAAGUUCCUCUUUCUAACAUCUUUUUCCAAAUAUGCCGAUGAUUUCAGGCCCUGGAGGCCCCCGUGGACUUGUCCUCCUUUUGACCCAUCUUCUGUCACCUAUUACUAAGCAAACUCAAAUGCAACAGGUUGCAACAAGAAGCUGAAUACAUUCAGGCCUUUGCUCAGGCCUGUUUCUAGAUUGUAUGUAUUAUAUGUGUUUUGUAACCUUCUAUAGCUCCAAGUCACUUACACAAUAGAUUGUCCGGACAUCGCGCCGAACAAAGCUUACAACCUCCAAUUAAUUGACCGAGCUCCAACAAGCACAAAAUGCAAUGUGUAUAAAAUGGUCUUAGCUGUACCUGUAAUUAGAAGGUUAAUGUAAUACCAACAACUUCAAUAAAUGUAUUAAUGAAAUGAUAAUUACUUUAAUUAAUGCAAUGGCAAUGACUUAAUGCAAAGUUACUUAAUGCAAUGAUAAUAAUGAUGAAUAUGAGUAGCAGUAAAAUAUUUUCCUUAUUCCACAGUAGAUCAUUACAGUAUUCCUUGUGUUGCUUUUUACUUUUUUAGCUUUAUUUUCUCACUAUUUCAUUCAUGUAUGAUGUACAACACUGUGUGUCAACUGCGGCUGUUUCAAAGAGCUUUAAAAAAACAAAAACAAAAAAACUUUGCAAGAUAUUGUAUUACUUAGUUUUCGUAGUUACUGUUUUAUACUUUGAUGAUCAAUUAAUUAAGUGGAUCUGAUUAGCAGCUCCUGGGUGCUACUUACCCUCUUAAAUGCCAUGAAAACAGCAAGGGUCUACUUUGUUUUUCACACACAUUUUCUGAAGUCAACAUUUGUUUUUCAAGUUUUUGGUAACAAUAUAAGGUAGCUAUGUAAUAUUGUGUGAUGUGUGUUUGCUUAUCUGAAGUUCUACAAGAAAUCUAGUAAGAUUAAGGUGAUUUUUUUUCAUUAUUUCCUGAUCUGUAAAAACGAAUAACUUAAAGAGGGUGUAUUUUCUUUUUCAUGUGCACUGGUAUAUGGAUAUUAAUGGAUAUCACUGGAUAUUAAUUUGCCUCUAGGUAAUUUACUUAUAAACGCUGUGCAGUUUAAUGUCAACGAGAGCAACAGAUAAACAUAUAACUCAUGUAUCUCUAUACACAUGGGAUUGUUGUACCAAUUCAAAUUUUGUUCAGCUGUGCAUAGAUUGUGGUGUUUUUGCUUGAGUUGUAUUUUUGAU